CGAAUACAACCGAAUUCGUCCGAUAUACAUCGCGGCGAUUGGAUUGUGGAGGAGAGAGAGGCUUGCUGUCAUCUCGAAUGUAGCAUCUUUUCUCUGCGAUUUCGAUAAAAAAGAAUCGGUGUUUGAUUUCGGGUAAAAUGCCGUCGCUUUUAUUCUGCGGGCCGAAAGUGGCCGCCUGUGGGAUCGUGUUAAGCAUAUGGGGUGUCGUUAUGCUGUCAAUGUUGGGAAUCUUCUUCAGCGCAAAAUCUGCUGUAUUGAUCGAAGAUGUUCCCUUUACUGAGGAGGACAUCCGUAAUGACAAAAACCCACCACAGACAAUUUACGGACUCUACAAUCAAGUUGGCAUCAACUGUUUCAUCGCUGCUGCCAUUUAUGUAGGUGUUGGUGCUGUGUCUCUGUGUCAGGUUCGCCUUAACAAGCGCCAAGAGUACAUGGUGACAUAAAGCCAGAGGACUUUAUCUUCACUCCCAUUAUUAUUUAUUUUUAGAGAACUUGUGCAAUGUAAAAAAUGUACUAUUUGUUUUGUUGUGUUUAUAAAAAUGGGAAUUUAAAUGGGCAGUUCAGCAUUGGGUUCCAAAAUAUUAAAUGCUGGAAAGGACCAUUGUAAUUACUGAAAUGUAAAAUGAUAAUAAUAAUGGAAAAAUACAUGUGCUCACACUGUAUGUAAAUGCAUGUGUAUCAUUAUUUCCUGGUAGAUAGAAAUGUUGACUGCACAUUAUCUAUAAAACUGAACCCAAUCCUUCCUGAUGAAUAGCCAGUAGGUGUGAUAGUAAUUGGUGUGUAGUAUGUAUGUGUAUGGUGGGUUUUUUUUAUUUAGAAAUUUAAAGCGAUAGUUUACUCAAAAAUAAAAAUUCUGUUAUUAUUUA